UAAAUGGUCACAGCAGCAGCGCCAUCUAGAGCGCGCGCUCAUAACGACACCGGAAGUAGUCUGACGUAACUGAAAUCCUAAAGAUGGCGGCGUUAGCUGCGCCCCGCCUGGCCCUGUUCGGCUGCUUCUCAUCAAGGCCCCUCUCAGUGUUUGCUGUUCAUCAGAAGAGUCUGCACAGCUUUGCAAAAAGCGAGAAUACAACAACAAGCUUGGUUCCAGUCAGAGAGAAGAGCACGGCCGUGGCAGCAGCCAAACCAGCAGCUGUAGCCAGCAGCAAAGGAGAGUAUGUGAUCACUAAGCUGGACGACCUGGUGAACUGGGCCCGCAGGAGCUCUCUGUGGCCGAUGACCUUCGGCUUGGCGUGCUGCGCCGUGGAGAUGAUGCACAUGGCGGCCCCUCGGUACGACAUGGACCGUUUCGGAGUGGUGUUCAGAGCAAGUCCCCGACAGUCUGACGUCAUGAUCGUGGCAGGAACGCUGACCAAUAAGAUGGCUCCGGCUCUGCGUAAGGUGUACGACCAGAUGCCUGAGCCCAGAUACGUCAUUUCUAUGGGAAGUUGUGCUAACGGAGGAGGAUACUACCACUACUCCUACGCUGUCGUCAGAGGCUGCGACCGAAUCAUACCAGUGGAUAUUUAUGUUCCAGGGUGUCCCCCCACCGCAGAGGCCCUCCUGUACGGGACUCUACAGCUGCAGAGGAAGAUCAAGCGUGAGAAGAAGAUGAGGAUCUGGUAUCGGAAGUAAUGUGUUAUAUAUGUGAGUGUGUCUGAUUAUGUAAAUCUUGUAUCUCGGGUUUCAUUUGGAGCGCGGCUCCUCUUCAGUGUAGAGCUUCAGGAACCAGCUUCAAUAAACUCACUGUUGUUAUGUACGCACAGAGCAAUGCUGCUUCUCUCCACCUCACUCAGCCGUCGCUCAGUUCAUCCCCUCCUGCUUUCAUAGUUUAAAAGUCUGGAGACAGAAAUAGCCUCAUGCAGGUUUCCCUCCUUGUUAAACUGAAUACUUUGUGCCGGCAGGAGAAGAGUGUAAUCCUGUAUGAUCUUAAAUAUUAUUUUGAAUAAACUGGGCUCAUGAUAAGAA